AGACAUGAGAGGGAAACAGUAUUUGACACAACACAGGCAACGUAGGCAUUAGGGGGAAUUUAAACCAGAAGGUGGCAGUAGUUGCGACAUGAAGGAUGCCAGUGGCCAUAAAACGUAAAAGAAGAAGAAAGAGCACGGGGGAAGUGGAGUGAGCGGAAGCAGUAAAAGUCGACGUUUAGCCUUAGCUGCUUGCUUCGUAAACAAGCAUCACAGGAAAUAGACCAGCAACAUAAAGUAGAAGUGAAAUGACGCGCCAUGGAAAGAACUGUACGGCCGGAGCAGUGUACACGUACCACGAGAAAAGGAAAGAUACAGCGGCAUCUGGUUACGGGACUCAGAGCAUUCGACUGGGCAAAGAUGCGAUCAAAGACUUUGACUGCUGCUGUCUGUCCCUGCAGCCCUGUCAGGAUCCUGUGAUGACUUUAGAUGGAUUCUUGUAUGAGAAACAGGCCAUUCUCGAAUACAUUUUGCACCAGAAGACAGAAAUUGCCAAAAGAAUGAAGGCUUAUGAGAAGCAGAAGCAGGCGCAGAAGAGCAACAGCCAACUUGAGUCCAAGUCAGAGGAAAGAGAGAGAGUGGAGAGAUUUAAGAUUCGGGAGAACAGCAUUGUGUCCAAACCCAUCAACCCAUUCACAUCUGGACUAAACACAGGAGGUGAGAAGGGCAGGACAGACGGCAGCUCAGCAGAAUCCUCCACUGCUGGUUCAGCUGCCUCCUCCAGCCAGAGCCUGCCCAGUUUCUGGAUCCCCUCUCUGACACCACAGUCCAAGCCCACCCUGCUCAAGAAACCAAGUAAGGCUGUGUUAUGUCCAAUGUCAGGACGACCUAUUAAGAUGAAUGAGCUCAUCACAGUUCGCUUCACCCCUCUGGACUCCAGCCUGGAUCGAGUGGCCCUCCUCAUCCGACAGGACAGGUAUGUAUGUGCAGUAACCAGAGACGUCCUAGGCAACAGUGUCCCCUGCGCUGUCCUGCGCCCCUCAGGCACGGUGGUGACUCAGGAGUGUGUGGAGAAGCUGAUUAAGAGGGACAUGAUUGAUCCUGUGUCUGGAGACAAACUGUCUGACAGAGACAUCAUACCAAUGCAGAGGGGGGGAACUGGCUUUGCUGCAUCUGGAGUUGACCUCCGUGCCAAAGAGGCUCGUCCAGUGAUGCAAGUAUGAGACGGCGGAGAGACUCCUUCUUUAAACGUGUCGACAGCUUUCAGACAUUUUAAUGUUGGCUGGCAUAUGUUUCGUUGGUAACUAGCUUUUUUUUCAACAUAGAUGGUGAAUUUCAUUAGAUGUGAAAUACCCUUCCCUCCUGAAUUACAUUUGACCUUUUAAAAAAAUAUAUAUUUCAUGUUCAGAGGCACAGGAGUAAUUUCACAGGAUUUGCAGUUGGUAAUUCUACGGCUUCUCCCAAUGAUGCAUUCUGAUGAUGAGAUAAAUGUAACCUAUUGAGUUUCUUAAUGUUGUCUGUGAUGGUCAGGGCCAUACCAGUUACUUCCUGUUUCAGGCAAUAAACUGCAUAUUAGUUUAGUCAUUGUUUGUCUUUACUUUAAAUUAAAUAAUUUGACACAAUGUCAUCAUUAUUUUUGACAAAAGUUAAUAGAAGUGAUAUCAGCUGUUCAGGAUCCCUUCAAGAUAUUUUCAAGUUGUUUUCAUUAAACCAUAAACAUAUGGAAACCAA